AUUACUUGGUUAUAUAUUAAGAUGGUUAUUUAAUGACGUUGACAGUAUCGAGAUUAUAUAAUGAUGAUAGGACUAUUAAUGAAUGUGGAGAAGUUUGUGUAAUUUUCGAUACCACUAAUAGGUUUUUCAUUUCUUUUGCCAGUUUUGUGUACUGCCAAUACAGAAGUAACCUGAUUACUUGCAGUUGAGGAGGGGUUAUUAUAUAGUCUUAAAAGAUCGUAACCCAUUUUCUGGAGCAUUUUGUCUUCGGAUUAAGUACUUUUACUACGAAUUUAAUAGUCGGCAGUUUUCAAUUCACCGAAUUGCUGUUGUGUUUCAGGCAGCAGAUGAAAUUUUCAAAAGAAUUCGGGGAUAAUUCUGUGAGUGUUAGUCUGAGAAAGAAGAUGUGAAAACGGAAAUUACUGUCCUGUGGAACUAUUGAGAAGAAUCUAUAGAAACAUGUACUUUUUGAAGUCUACAGAAGAAGGCCGUCAUAUGACUUGAUAAAAAGCAGUCUAUAUCCCAAGUCGUAAAGUCAUUAGCAUAACUUCCGAAAUAAUUCUGCAAAAUGUAUGAUUCUCCCAGAUCGCUACAAGAAGCCUGUGUGGACUUCAUAUGUGAAAAUCUGGAGGCUUUGUGCGAGGUUACACCAGUGUUCCAGCAGACAUCCUCAGCAGUGAACACUGGUUCCAACACUGACCAAGAAAAUUCCCAGCACCAGUCACAGCCACCAUCAUAUUCUUCUUUGUUCCCAACAAUCUUGGGGAGCCGCCUCACAUUUAAGGAUGGGGACGUGUAUUUCCAUUCUGACUUGUCAGAGAAGUUACUGACAACCCUGAGUGAGAAGGGCAAGCUGUCCGAUUUGACAAUGACAUUAUUUGACUCAAGUACUACCAGUCUCAGGCACGUACAGUUACGGAAUGCACGAAUGCUUACAACCCGAGGAUUACGUGUCCUGAAGGGACACAAGAUCUCAAACCUAGAGGCUACAGGAAUGAAGGUGACUGUGAAUGACCUAAUUGGUUGCCUUGGAGAGUGGACUUUGCAAAAUCUGCGUUCCCUUAAUGUAGCUCGUAGUACUUUUAUGGAUGGAUCCAGGUACUGUGUUGUGGUAGCGCUGUCUAAACUGCGGAAUCUGCAGAGUCUAAAUGUGAGCUGUACAGAAUUCAACAGGCAUGGACUGGAGAUUGUGGCUGAGGAUCUUCCACAACUAGAGAGUUUGGAUAUUUCAUGUACCAGGGUAGAUGAUAUAAGUCCACUACGCAAGUGUCGUGACCGUCUCAAGUCUCUCACCAUGUACAACCUUAAAGUUUCAGAAGGUGAGAAUGUGGUGCCUGUCCUCUUAGAAUUGCAUCAGCUUCGAGUACUAGAUAUAUCUGAUGAGAAGGAUGCUCACCCCUUUGAGAUGUUCCAUCCAACACGGACAUGUAUUGCUGAGUUUCUCAAAUCAGAAGGCUGUAUGGUACACCUGACUCUUCUUGAUAUCUCUGGAAAAGAUGAAAUCAGCAUACCGGAUCUCAGACAUUUCUUAGGAUGUCACAGACAGCUGAAAUUUUUGGGAUUGAUCCACUCUGAGGCCUGUUACGAUGAAAGCUUUGUCAACCCUCACCAUCCAGAUUACAACCCGAAUCUUGUGGUGACUGGUAUUGCCACAGAGAGUCAGCUGUUGGAAGCCCUACGACGUUACACACAUCGACCAGUCUAUGUACAGAAGUGCUUGUAUAACCUGUUCAGAUUGACACCCAACUUUGGUGAUGCCCGUGUGGAUGUUAUUCAGUUGGUCCUGCCUGGAAUGGAGGCACACCCUGGGCUCUUUGGUAUACAGAUGGCAGCUACGGCUUGUUUAUAUAACUUAUCAAAGGGUGAUUUGGCCCAAAAAAUUCAUCCUAAGAUCCUAAAACAAGUAGUAGAACUCACACUUACUGCCAUGGAGAACUUUCCAAAUAAUCACCAGCUUCAGAAGAACACUUUACUUACACUGUGCAGUGACAGGAUACUACAGGAUGUGGCAUUCGAUAAAUAUCGCUGUGCUCGAUUGGUUAUGAACUGUCUGUGUGCCUUCGAUGAUCCUUCCAUGAAUAGAAUGAGUGUUGCAAUUUGCAGCAUUCUUGCGGCAAAAAUCUCUACAAGUGAAACGUCAUUGCUUGGGUCACAACCACAGUAUAUGCGAAAACUUCUGUCAAUUGUGAGGUGCAAGGUGCAGACAAACUCCAUAGACAUCACAAUUAAGUUCACACUUAGUGCGCUGUGGAAUUUGACAGAUGAAUCUCCCACAACAUGCAGUGUGUUUUUAGAGGAAGGUGGCAUGGACUUGUUUUUGGAAGUGUUAAUGACAUUUCAGGAUGAAUGUGCAGUUGAAACAAAAGUAUUAGGUCUCAUAAAUAACAUAGCAGAAGUAUCCCAACUACGGCCACAUCUCAUGGUGCCAGGGUUCAUGUCCAGGUUGAGGAAGCUGCUUCAUUCUGACCACAUUGAUGUAAGUUAUUUUGCUGCGGGUAUCAUUGCACAUUUGGCAAGUGAUGGUGCCGACACAUGGAUGGUUGAGACAGUGACAAGGCAAGAGCUGUUAGAAGAGCUGGGUGAAGUAGUGUUAAACUGGGAGACACCAGAGGGUGAGAUGGUUGCAUACCGUUCAUUUCACCCAUUCUUCCCACUGCUGACUUGUCAUGACGCAUUCCAGGUGCAGUUAUGGGCAGUUUGGGCCAUUCAGCAUGUCUGUACUAAAAAUGCAAAGCGAUACUGCCCAAUGCUGAUGGAAGAAGGAGGCAGUGUUAUCCUGCACCACCUGCACAAUAAUACUGAGGUGAAUCCCAAUGUCAGAGAUAUUUGUCAGAACAUUCUUGAAGUUCUGGCAGCAGAGCGAUACAGUUCAGAAUUAUUGUCCCCACAGAUGUAAUGUGAUCAGGACAUCAUAAUGGUUACAGCGACAAUGCACAAGAGUGAACCAUCACACAGUAGAUUCUGUGUUAUUGUACUAAUAAAACUAAAUGUCAUUCAGAUGAUAUGACUGUUAUAAAAUUGAAUGAAGUUUAAUUGAACAUUGUAAGCGAAAUAUGCUUAAACUGGGAAUGGACUGAGAGUUGUGUUACUCAUUGAAUCAAUGUGUUGGAUACAAAAAUGGCAUAAUUAAAAAAUGGACCAUAAAUAUGAAGGUGACUUGGUUUC